GAUUAAGAAGGGAGGUUACUCUAAAAACUAAUGAUGAAAUUCAACUUGGUGUUGCAAAAUAACAGGAUUUGUUAAAAGUUUUAACUCUUAAGGUGGAACACAGGUAUGAGUCGACUAGAAUCGAGAUUGCUUUAAAGAAAACUGUUGUAGAAAUGGAACUUGCUAUCGCUGGUAUUAUGUUGAUUUCAUAUGCUAUAAAAGUCAGGUUAAAGAGUAACAGCUAUAAAACAAUCAUAAGACAAUUAAUAAGAGAAGAAGAUUUACUCAGAGAGAAACUCAUAUUGGAAGAUGACAAGAUAUUUCAGGAAAUCAAAGAAAAUAAGGAUGGUACUUAUUACAUUGGCGGUGUUGAUGUUUCAUUCCAAGAUGAUGGAAAAGCAUGUAUUGCUUUGGCUGUAUUAACAUUUCCUGAAUUAGAGGUUGUCUACACCAAAUAUAAACACUUUGAUAACCUACUGGAAUAUAUCCCAAGUUUCCUUGCCUUCCGUGAAGGUCCUUGUGUUAAGAGUCUUUUCAAUGAUAUGAAAAAAGAAAACCUGCCCUUUUUUCCACACGUUCUUAUGAUUGAUGGAAAUGGUAUUCUACAUCCAAGAGAUCUUGGUUUAGCUUGCCAUGUUGGAAUAGACUUGGAUAUACCCAGUAUUGGUGUUGCUAAAUCUCUUUUUUAUUGCCAUGGAAUUCAGAAGGAUAGCAGUUUCUAUGAAAAGGUACAGAAUAUGAAAGAUGGUGGAGAUAGUUUUCCUUUAGUUCGAGAACUUGACAACAAAACUAUUGCUUAUGCUCUCAAAAGUACGAAAGAUUCCAAGAAACCCAUUUAUAUAUCCCAAGGUUAUAAGGUAUCUCUAUCAACUGCAGUAUGGCUCGUGAAGCAAUGUUGUAAGUACAGGAUACCUGAACCAGUUCGUAUGGCUGACCAGUAUUCCAGGAAAAUUAUCAGAGAAUCACAGACUUCAUAAUGAACUGAAAUGUUCUGAAAUAUCAAUGUUUGCUACAAUAAUAUUUUUAAAA